AUGAUAGCAAACGUCAGCGAACCAGAAGAAAACAUCAGAAAUACCAAAAUUAAAAUUCGCAGGAAUUCAAGUUUAAUUAGUUUUAAAUCGCUAGAUAUGAGCCUGAAAUCGAUUUACUCAUCUUUCAAAGGGCACAAGAACAGCAUUGACAAGGGUCGCAAUGAGUCCGUAACAACUCAAAAAAACACUUGUAUACUUCGUGCACCAUAUCUUAAGGUAGAAACAGCUGAAAAUGAUGAAUCUCAAAAAUUGCUAUUAACUUACGCUCAAUCACCUGGAGGUUCACAGCAUCGAAGAAGUUUCGACACAACUAGUUCCCAAUAUCUUAGCACGCAAACUAACUACCAAGAGCUCCCUCAAUCUCCGCAUAGUAGCUCGCCUUAUCUGUCCGUAAGUACUGGAAACAUACGCCGUUCAUCUACAACAGAUAUUUUGGGUAGUGCAAAUAGUAAUCGUAAAGGCAGCGUUCAACAAUCAUCUUGUGGGUCAGUACUAGAUAGUCGUAAACCCAGUACAUCGGACAUGCUUCGUAAGGCUCGUGAACGCAAAGGUAGUGAAGGCAAAAUAGGACGCAGUAUAUCGCAGGGAGGUGUUUCGCGGGGUGGUAUUAGAAAUCGUCGAACUAGUAUGGCAUAUUAGGUUAUGUUAUUAUUUUUCAUGAUAGUUGCUGGUGUAUAUUAAAACCAAUUUCCGCCAUAGCAGAUUCAUUAUAAGUUUCGAGUGACUCUGGUUUUUCAAUUGAGUUUUUUGGCAUUACAAGUUUUUCGUGAAAAAGAAGUCCCGAUUUUCUCUAUGCAUAACUUUUUAAUGUUUCUUGCAACAAUGAAAAUUUGCUCAACAAACCGUAUUAAUUAAUAAAUAGAACAAUCAUUUUUAAGAAUAUUUUUAGACUUCAUUCGUAGGGUACAUGCAAAAAUUGAAAUCCAUCGCGAGCAAAAAAAAUCUUAAUCAUCACACAUUCAGUUUAUAUCAUGUUCAAGAUUGCUGGGAACACUAAACGCUCUUACGUGCAAAAAAAAAACUAAGUUUUAACGAAGUCUAUAUUAAACAUUUUUUUAACAGCAAAUAUCAUUAAAUUCAAAGCAAAUUUAGAACAUAACAUAAGGAUGAUUCUAACUAUUUCGAAUUUGGCAUAAAUUUUACAAUAGUUUUUAUAGAGGAGAAUCAUGAUAAAGAUUUGAACUGUAAGAGCUGAUGUCUCAGAUCAUCUACAAUCGAUUUUUUUUUUCAGCAGACGUAAACUUUGCAUUUGGAAGCUUUAGUAAAAUAUGCCAGACUACAACCUUUAUAUAAUUACCAGUCUUGUAGCUCUAGUCAUCAGAUUAAUACACAUCAUGGAAAAAGAUGUUGUCAAUGUUUUACACCUUGGACGUUUUGGGUAUUCAUAGUUUGCAUUAUACGUUUUUUGUUACAAAUUAGUCAUAAAAGGAUUAUUAGUUAAUCAAAAUAAUUUGAUGGCUUCCCGUUAAAAAAUGUUUUUUUUUGCACGGCUAAGUCUUUUAUUAUUCAACUACCGAAUCAUUUUGUAAAACCUAUGUAAUGACAAUACAUAUAUUAAACAGUGUAUCUAGUCUUAACAUGAGCUGAUUUUGUUAAUUUUUGACCACCAAAUGAAAAAUGCGUUAUGAUUUCUUUGAUAAUUAUUUUUCAUUCUAUCAAAUCUUUUUAUGAAAUAGUUUGAACAUAAUAUUGGUGGAAUUAUUCGUGUAAUAAGCAAUAGAUCUGCAAUGCUACUUGUUUUACGCUGAACAACUGUGAUUUAUGUAAUCCAUGCGAUCAAGAAGGCCUCGCGAAAAUCGAAUAUGUAUAGAUUAGAAGCUAUAUCUGUAGUUUUUUGGAUAACGGUACGAUCCUCACAGCGACUAAAAGUGGCGUGUAGUAGCUAAUUCAAAACAAAACACAAGCUAUGAUAUUUUUAUAAGUGAUCGAAAGUGGUUUAACUACUGGGUCAAAGGAAGGAGCAAAACCAAAAAAAAACUAUAAACAAUACACAAGCUGCAAUAAUAAUUACAUAGUAAUAAUAACGGAUACUCAAUAUUUUUCUCAACAUAAGGAAGAAUUUAUUCACUGAUGCUAAAAACCUUUAAAGUAAUUUUAUCAAACAUUAGAACUCUUCUAGCUAUGCCAAAAGUGCAUCUUUUAGAAAAUAUAGAUUCGCUAAGAUGAUGUACAGUUAGCGUAUAAAGUUUAGUAAUACGUUAAAAAGAGAGCAACUACGUUUGUAAUUUAAGAAUCGGAAAUUUUCACAAGUUUAGGUAAGAUUAAAUAUUUUGCAACACCAAUUUAACAAUUUGAACUAGACAACGUUGAAAUACUAUUUACGAACAUAAACGCUGUAGAAGCAUACCAAGCAAGUUGAUAUCGUCCAAUUAUAUCGUGCAGUUGUAAGAAAAAUCAGAUCACAAAAUAAAUUUUAAAAUAAAAAAUCAUAAAAUAUUUAACGAGAUAAAUUCAUAUUAAGUUCCAAUAUAUUCGUGUUUACUAUUCAAUGAAAUCAUAAUCGACAUAAGACAAGUGAAAAUUAUUUAAAAACUUACAAGAUGGAAAACAAAUGCUUUUCAUCGGUUUUAUCCCAAAGUGUUUCUCUUAAUUAACAAAAGUAUUUGAGUGAUAAUAUGUGGUCCCCGUGGCUCUGUGGUUAGCGAUGUCGGUCGGCUAGCUCUCCCACACGGUUAUGAUAUCGGGUUCGAUUCCCGAUCGAGUCGAGGAUCUUUUCGAGCUGGAAAUUUUCUCGACUCAGCACUGGGGCACGGUGUAUCGUUGUACUUAUCCUACACAUGCAAAAUGUGCCAAAAACAAUAUCGAUAACGAAUUCUAUCAACUAAUCUAGUUGAUCGAGACCGCUAUUAGCCCCAAGGCUAAGCGUGCGAUAUGGUGUUGUUAUUGAGUGAUAAUAUUUCAAAUCCCUAGUGGCACUUUGACACAUAUUUAUUAUAUGGAUAUGAGUUUCUAAAAAAAAUCUGAGAAAUUUAUAUGCAUAUAUAUGGUAAAUGUUGUUUUCUGUUACAACCAAUUGAACUAAAUGCAGUAGCGUUUUGUGCCCAAUGUUCAUCUGACACACGAAAAAAGUAAAUUUAGCGAACUCAAGGCAACGAUAAGCCAACCUUAAGCAAUUUGUUUCAGAUUAGUUCUAUUUAAUUCUAAGCAAUUUAAACAAACUAGAUAAAUAAAUUCGUUGAAUGCUAAAUAAAGUACGAAUACGAAACGAUAUAAUUACUUAAAGCUAGUUAUAAUUUUUUUUCAUACAUCUAAUGGCACGCACAUAUAACCCCUUUUUUUCAAGGGAGUGAGUUGAAAAGCGCAACAACAGUUGAAGGGUUUUUUUUUUUUUCAAAGUACUGCGAGAAAUUCUUUUAUUAAAUUAUUUUUCUGGAAGUUUUCUAUUUUUUUAAGUUUGUGAACCUGGAUUGGUAUUUAUUUGCGAAACAAAGUUUACGGAGCAUUUUCUUAUCUUCGAGGUGUAUAGCUUGUAAAGAUGGAGUGUUUUACUAUUUUUAUAUGACUAAUCGCAUCCUCAAAAUACGAAACAAUGCAUAUGUACACCAGUUGCUUAUAGCCAACUCAUUAGCUAGUUAGAACUACAACCGAUUGAAGAAAACAAAGUCAACAGUUACUCAUAUUUUGAUAUCCUCAAGUUCAUAUUUCUGUUUAAACUGUGUAAGUAAAGAAGAUCUGAAAAAUUCUUUGAACAACGUAUGAGAAAGAUGUUGAACGUUUCUUCAUAUAAUUUUUGAAAUAAAUAUCUCUUAAAUAAUUUGAUAGAUUACGGUUGUAAAUUUUUUUAAAGGCUUUCAAUUUAAACUCAUAGCUUAUUUGAUGAACACGUGAUCCAGAAAAUCAGUAUAGUUUAUCAUUUAAACCAGUUUUUUGUUCAUUUAUUCAAACACAUUAUGUUAAACACCUUUAGCCAUAGUUUCACGAUGAAUUCAAGGGAAUCAAUUUAGAGUUAUAUCUUAUUUUUCAUAUGUAAAUCGUAGAAAUAUCUAAGUAAUUGCAUAUUGAUUAAGCAGAUUGAAUAAUUUAUACAAAAAACGAUGUGAUAUAAUUGUGAGAAAAACAACAUUAUUUUGAAUCGAAUAAAAAAACCCUCACGAACAACUUAGUCACAUAAUUAUCUUGUAAUAGGCGAUUGUGCAGUGCAUUAUCAUAAAUCAGUCGAAUGUAAAACAGUCAAAAACUUGCAAUCACAAAUAUAUAAAAUCUAGCGCUAUGGUAAUUAGCGCUAUUUGCUGCCACUUGCAAGUACUAUUAUAAUUACAGACAAAAACGUUAUGAAUACCAAUAGGUUUUCUACUUCUAUUCAUUCUCAAAAAUAUGAAUUCGUAUUUAGUUCAGAUUUAAAACAAUCGAGCAUAUUGAUAUUACACGAAAACGCAGUUUGUCAAUAUUUUACGUUUUAGUAGAUUAAAUAGUUUAGUUUUUUCAUGCAGGUAUGAAAAAUAGAAAAUUUUCUAACAGACAAUGAUAAUAGAUACUAAUUUCAGAGAUUAAAUGAAACUUUAUAACGACACUUUGGAAAAAAUCAUUAAUUAAAACAUUUAACGAGAUAUUGAAAAAAGGAUAUAAACACCUGGAUUUCAUAAUUAUCUUUGGAACAUUACAAAAAAAAGGUUAGCAACUUUAGAUAAGAGAUGAGAAAAUAUAUCUCCAUUCAUUCAUGAAACCAAUUCACAUUGGAAACCAAUCUCUAACACCUUUAAUUGAAUCGUUGAUCUAUUGAUAAAAAUAUAAUAUCUUUCUUUUCGUUCAAGUCAAAAUAUUAUUUCA